GAACGAAAAAAAAGUUGCAUUGGAAACAUUUGAGUAACCUCAGCUCUGUUGUAUACAGUCACACGAAGGGCUUUUUAGGAUGUGUGCUCCUGGAAACUGACCGCAUGACGUUCUCCUUGCACGUCGUGGAGAGACCACUUUUUUUAAAACAUUAGAUUUAGAACAGAAAGAAGAAAGGAACCGCGUGCUACUUCGCAGUGAUCCGGCUCAUCAUUUGGAGAAAACCAGGAAACACAGUUGGUGUAUCCAGACCUUUCGCAUCGUGAGAGUUUCAACACUGGCACUUGUGGGUGCCUGCGUGCUCUGUGCGUCCAGAGGGGGGUGAAAGGGAAGGAGAUAUCAGAUGCUUAUUAUCACCACUGUGAGAGUCAUUCGCACGGCAUCCGGACUGAUGUGUGGAUUACAUACAACGUCGCUUUGAGAGAGGGGGACGCGGUGUGCCUGACAAGAAAGUGUCACCGCGGAUCUGCACAAUCGCCUGAGAAUUGCGGAUGUUUUGUCGAUGCAGUUUUUUGGGGAGGGAGCAGAAGAGGGACCACUCCUGCAUACCUCGGCGUCUCCGUGAACAAGGCCUGACUUACGGUGGAUUGGUUGUUAACAUGAGGAUGAUCAGGACGCCUUGGAACUGGGAUUGAAUUGGCAGUGGGCCCAAAUCCUCUUUCCAAAGAGUGGAAGACCAGUCAACGAAUUAUGAAUGUUAAACAAGAUGACCUCCUAUCAGCAGCAGCAGAUGAUGCGAGGUCCUAGGUGGAACCGGGCCUUGUCCGACCCUUUGCUCGUGCUGCUUCUGGCCCUCCAGCUGCUGGUGGUGGCAGGGCUUGUACGCGCUCAGACGUGCCCCUCCGUCUGCUCCUGCAGUAACCAGUUCAGCAAAGUCAUCUGCACCCGCCGAGGCCUGCGGGACGUCCCCGAUGGCAUCUCGACAAACACACGCUACCUGAAUCUGCAGGAAAAUCUCAUUCAGGUCAUAAAGGUGGACAGCUUCAAGCAUCUGAGACACCUGGAGAUCCUGCAGCUGAGCAAAAACCACAUACGCAAAAUUGAGCUGGGUGCCUUCAAUGGACUGGCCAGCCUCAACACCCUGGAGCUUUUUGAUAACCGCCUCACCACCAUCCCAAACGGGGCAUUUGAGUACCUGUCCAAACUAAAGGAGCUUUGGCUGAGGAAUAACCCUGUGGAGAGCAUUCCCUCCUAUGCUUUCAACAGAGUGCCCUCAUUACGGCGGCUGGACCUCGGGGAGCUCAAGCGGCUCACCUACAUUUCUGAGGGGGCCUUUGAAGGGCUGAGCAAUCUACGCUACUUAAAUCUGGGAAUGUGCAAUCUGAAAGAAAUUCCCAACCUUAUACCCCUGGUGAAGCUGGAUGAACUGGAGAUGUCGGGGAACCAGCUAUCUGUCAUCCGGCCUGGCUCUUUUAAAGGACUCAUCCAUUUGCAAAAGCUGUGGAUGAUGCAUGCCCAGAUCCAGAUCAUAGAAAGGAACUCUUUUGAUGACCUGCAGUCGCUAGUGGAGCUCAAUCUAGCCCACAACAACCUCACCCUGUUGCCCCACGAUCUCUUCACUCCUCUACAUCACCUGGAGAGGGUGCACUUGCACCACAACCCCUGGAAUUGUAACUGUGACAUUCUCUGGCUGAGCUGGUGGCUCAAAGAGAUGGUGCCAGCAAACACUAGCUGCUGUGCCCGCUGCAGCUCCCCCACCCACCACAAGGGCCGGUACAUUGGCGAGCUGGACCAGAACUACUUUCACUGUUAUGCUCCUGUUAUUGUGGAGCCUCCCACAGACCUAAACGUGACCGAGGGGAGCGCUGCAGAGUUGAAAUGCAGGGCCAGCUCUCUGACCUCGGUGAGCUGGAUUACGCCGAACGGCUCCAUCAUGACACACGGAGCGUACAAGAUCCGAAUCUCGGUGCUGAACGACGGCACGCUGAACUUCACUAACGUCACCAUGCAGGACACAGGCACAUACACGUGUAUGGUCAGUAAUUCUGCCGGGAACACGACAGCCUCCGCCACGCUUAACGUGUCCUCGACGGAGAACAGCAGCUUCAGCUACUUCACCACGGUCACAGUGGAGACCAUAGAGACGCUGCAAAAUGAAGGCUUCACCACCAGCGUGCAACAGAAGGUAGGCCCCACCCCCUCCGCUGGCGCGUGGGAGUCCGUUUCAGCCACGUCCACGACAACCACCACACAGCGGACCACGCUCUACACCCGCGCCACGGAGAGGACGUACACGAUCCCCGUCACGGAGCUGGGCGGGGACGGCCUCCUCAACGGCUUGGACGAGGUGAUGAAGACGACCAAGAUCAUCAUCGGCUGCUUCGUCGCGAUCACGCUAAUGGCCGCCGUCAUGCUAAUUAUCUUCUACAAGAUGCGCAAGCAGCACCACCAGCAGAACCACCACGCACCCCAACGCACCAUCGAGAUCAUUAACGUGGACGAGGACUGCGUAACGGGGGGCCAGGGCAUGGAGGGCCACCUGACUCUGCCUCCCCUUGAGCAUGAGCACCUCAACCACUAUAACACCUACAAGAGUGCGUACAACCACGCCACUAUGAACUCCAUACACAGCUCCGCGCACGAACCUUUGUUAAUCCGGGCCAGCUCUAAAGACAAUGUACAAGAGACCCAAAUCUAAUACUUUUUUCCUUUUGCAAAAUGAGACAUUAUAAAACUGAUGGAAUUACAUAAAAACUUGACUGACAGGACAUUACUGAUGACUGGAUGUGAGGAUUACGGCUCAAACGAUGGAGAAACAGACUCGCGUUUUGGCAAAUCAGUGGCUUGUGGUGUUUGUUCAUUGACUUUUGGGAUUAGGGUAUGUCUACUGUUUCAAAAAGUGUCUUUACAAAACAGAAGUUAUUUAUUUAAGAAAAAAAUAUUGUGGUUAACUCAAGAAAAACUGUAUUCUGCGAUUAUGUUUUUCAGCACUUACCUCAUGUCUUUCUUUUCUCCCUCUCAUUUCAUGGGUUUGGUUUACUAAUAUGCUUUGAAAUGCUUUGGAGGCA